AAAUGGGUUGUCGCGUAUAUUUACAUGUAUAAAUCGAAUGGGAUAGAGUAUAACUCGGCAACUCUAAUAUUAUUAUUGCCUAUGGAGCAAACAGCAAAUUAACAACGAAAGUGAAGAAUUUCGUGAAUUUUCCGAAAAACAAUGAUUGAAAAGAAAGCCGACAAAAGCAAGCAAGACCAAAAACCACGGGAUGAUGGAGUUGAGCUAGAAAAUCAAUAUAUUUUGCGUCUGCCCGAGGAACCAGCGCGACUUCUAAGGGAGCUUCUGCAAUCACCCAAUUCUAAUUUAAAAGACCGUCUGAACAUACAAUUGGACAAUGAUUUGCGUUAUGGUGAAGUGCGCUUUGAUCAUUGGUUAUUCCAUGCAAAGGUUGUGGAUUUACCGACGAUUAUAGAAUGCCUAAAGACCAUUGAUAGUAAAAGUUUCUAUAAAUCGGCCGACAUAUGUCAGAUGGUAAUUUGCAAAGAGGAGCCGCAUGAUUUGGACAAGGAAGAGUCACCGAAUAAAGGCAAAAAGAAGGAUCCCAAUAAGGUUGACAAAAAGUUUCUGUGGGCCCAUGGCAUAACACCACCUUGUAAAAAUGUACGCAAACGUCGUUUCCGCAAAACGUUGAAAAAGAAAAAUGUCGAAGCCCCCGAAAUCGAAAAGGAGGUAAAACGUCUUUUGCGCAUUGAUAACGAUGCUGUUAAGGUGGAGUUUGAGAUUAUCAACGAAGAUCUAUCCAAGUCUUCGGAUUCUCACUUGAAGGACAGCAUGGAGGGUGAAGAAGAAUUCAUGGAUGAUACUAUGCAUGAGGGCGACAAGGGCAAUAAUGACUCCUCAUCACAAAAGGAUAUUAACGUUGAAUCAGAUGGUGAUGACGACGAUGGUCCCUCUGGCUCUGCACCAUCCGGCCAUUUGGGUGUGGGCGAACAUGAUAUUUUCGGUGAGGAAGUAUCCUCAUCCGAAGAUGAAGAGGACAUUCGACGUCACGGUAAUAAUCGUAUGCAAGAUUUAGAUGAAACUUCCCGGCUCUCAGCAGAUGAUUCACGUAUGUCUUACUUUUCGGUGGGUGGUGGCAACAACACAAAUAUGAGUGCCAAAACAAGUGUGCUUAACACCUCAAAGGAUGAUUUGAAUGAGUACAGUAAAUCAAUGUUUGGCAGUCCUAAACAAGGUGAUGAUGAUAAUUCCAAAUUUGGAGGUUCUAAUUCAAAUUUGGCUGGUGGCGCUGGUGGUUACUUUGAUGAUCGUAAGCGUACUCUAUCUGAUGAUGACUCCUCGAAUGAUGCUGUACCACAAAUGCGAGUCGAUCAAAUACAAUCGAAAAUUUCCGAAUUAAGACGCCAGUUGGAUGAUAUAAAGGCCCAACAUUCACAAAAGGCUAAGGAAAUUUCGUCAAUUCAAAAUCCUACGUUGAGACAACGCAUGCAAGAUACUGUGGACAACUUGGCCAGCCAAAUGGUUGAAAAGGAAUUGGAGAUAAAGGAUUAUGAAAAUAUGCUUUAAGUUAUGCGUAAAAUAAAUAAUAAAUAUAAU